AUGCAGGAAGAUAAGACUACUAGUCAGCUACACACGAGGAUAAAAGAUAUCCUCAACAGGCUUUACACAAUUGGCCAUCAGAUGAAAAACCGAGACUUGAUCAAAGCUAUUUGUAUCUACAAAAGUGAGGUGAAUAUCAUAGUUAGCAAUUACCGCUUGGAUGAUCAAGGCAUCGUCGUGAGGGACUUCUAUUCUCUCCAAAUCUUGAGGGCCAAAACUGAUCUCUGGCCCCUCUGCUCUCUCUUUAUUACAUCCGACAACAUGGAUUUCCAAUCACUAGGCACGCAAGUCUCUCAUCUCCGUCUCUGCAUCGAGAAGGAGAGGGAGGUCCUCCUCGGCGUGAGAGCUGGCGUCCCCGAUGCCGAUAAGCAGCUGCCUCCAUGGAGGGGCCACGAUUGCUGCAGUUGGGAAGGUGUCGGCUGCAACAACAUCACAGGUUACGUCGUAACACUUGACCUCUCUGUUUGUCCUGUAACUGAACCCAGAGCUCCUGCCAAACUACACUCUUCAUUAUUUGAUCUGAAGCAUUUACAUGAGUUGGACUUAAGUUGCAACAACUUCCAUGGAGCUCCACUUCCUGGGUUGAUUGGAUCUUUGACUAUGUUGAAAUACUUGCAUCUCUAUUCUACUGCAUUUAGUGGAAAAAUUCCCCACCAGCUAGGCAAUCUCUCCAAUCUUCUUUCCUUGGAUCUAAGUCAUAACUAUAUCAGGGAAGAGAUACCAGAAAGUAUUGGAAACCUUAAAAACUUGCAAUUUCUGUACAUGUCUAAUAACAAAAUUGUUGGAGCCAUACCUGGUGCCUUGGGCAGUCUCUGCAAUCUGAGUAGAAUCACUCUGUCUCAUAACAGAAUAACAGGGGAGCUUGUUGAUUUUUUUGAACAACUAUCUAGAUGCAAAAGCAGAUUGACUUUCAUCGACCUUUGUUCCAAUCAAUUGAAUGGCUCAGUUCCAACAUCAUUGGGAAAGUUAUAUGCAUUAGAGUACCUAACUUUGUUCUCAAACUAUUUCGUCGGAGUCCUCACGGAUGCUCACUUCGUCAAUCUCACAAGUUUAGAUGUAUUGGAUCUAUCUCAGAACAAUUUGUCAGUUGAGGUCAGUGAAGAUUGGCUCCCUCCAUUUCAAGCCAGUGGAAUAUAUAUGUUCUCUUGCAACUCGGGACCCAGAUUUCCUUCAUGGCUGCGAAACCAAACAAAAUUUCAAAGCUUGGACAUAUCGAAUAAUGGAAUAUCAGGCGCUUUGCCGGAUUGGUUUAGACUUUCUUUAGAAGGUUCCAGGAAAUAUAUAGCAUUAAAUUUAGGUUACAAUAACUUCGAAGGCUUGCUUCCAAACAUACAAUUCCAACCAACUGUGUUCGAUCUCUCUCACAAUUCUUUCUCAGGUUCUAUUCCAGAAAGCUUGGCAGCUCAGUUUUUCAUUGUGUCCCACAACAAACUAAAUGGCAGCGUCCCAUUCUCCAUUUGUGCAGCAAAGAUUAUGGAAACGGUAGACUUCGCCAAUAAUGAUUUAUCCGGAGCACUCCCAGAUUGUUGGGACAAUUCAUCAAGAUUGAGCCUCAUUGACAUUUCUAACAACAAAUUAUCCGGCGGCAUCCCCAAAACAUUCAAAUUUUUAGCCAUGCUUGUAUCACUGCGAUUAAGCAACAAUAGUCUAUCUGGUACAAUUCCCUCAGCCUUGCAGCACUGUAAAAAAAUCAAAGUUAUCGAUUUUAGCGGGAACCACUUGUCCGGUGCCAUACCGAGUUGGAUCGGAAGAAGAUUGUUGUCCUUACGAGUCCUUUCUCUGAGGUCCAAUAAGUUCACUGGUGCAAUCCCAUUGCGUCUAUCAUUGAUCCCUUCCCUCCAAGUGUUAGAUCUUGCUCACAAUCUUCUCUCUGGCCCUUUACCUCCUUAUUUUGCUAAUUUUAGCUCUAGAAACCACGAUCUAGCAAAGCUCAAUGGCCUUCAUUUGGAGAACAUCAUCUUUAAAAUCUUUAACGAGGAUAACAUUAUCUUAAUUGCCAAGGAUUUAACACUUCAUUUCACUUCGCUUGCUCUUGUCACUAGCAUUGAUCUCUCUAAUAACAAUCUCUCCGGCCCAAUUCCUAGAGAGUUGACAAAUCUCCGUGGCCUUCACUUCCUCAACUUGUCCUCAAAUCAUUUCUCAGGAAAUAUACCAGAAAACAUCGGGUUCAUGAGUCAACUAGAAUCGCUUGAUCUUUCGAAGAACCAGUUGUCAGGACGAAUUCCUUCCAACAUCUCUGCUUUAAAUUUUCUCAGCGUCUUAAAUUUAUCUUAUAACAAUCUUGUUGGAGAAGUACCAGCAGGCUCUCAGCUUCGAACCUUUACUAACUGGUCCUACAUUGGCAACCCUAAGCUUUGUGGGGAGCCACUGCAGAACAAGUGCCUUGUCAUUGAUAACGGAGUAACAAAAGAAGAGGGCAUGCAUGAAGACGAUGAGUAUGAAAGAAUAUGGUAUUUGAUUGGAUUUACUCUUGGAUUUGUGUUUGGCUUCUGGGGUUUCAUGGCUACAGUUAUGAUUAAGAAGAGCACAAGAAUUAAAUGCCUUUUGCUUAUCGAUAGGAUUUGUGUCUACUUUGCAUGAGCACUUGUAAUCGAAACUCAGUCUUAAAUAGGUCUGAAUUAUAGAAUCUAUGUAAUAUUUAGCUUUCAAGCCUAAUUUGUGUGUGAAUUUUGCUUAAAGGUGGUGAGCAAAGAUUAUUUAUUGUAAAUGUUAGAUACUACAUGAUUACGCGAUA